AUGUCGGGACACAAGCUCAAAUGCGGCCUGGAGGUCCACGCACAACUGCUCACGAAGCAGAAGUUGUUUUCGUCGACGAGUACGAGUUUCCAUGCGCCACCCAAUACCCGAGUGUCGUACUACGACGCUGCGCUGCCGGGCACGCAGCCGAGGUUCAACUACGAUUGUUUGAGGCUUGCCCUCACUGCGGCAGCCGCGCUCAACUGCGACGUCAAACGCUCGUUCAGUUUCGACCGCAAGCAUUACAUGUACCCUGAUCAACCCGCGGGGUAUCAAAUAACCCAGCAUUUCGAGCCGUUUGCCAUGGGAGGGUUUCUUGAUGUGAUGGCCCGCGACUACUCGAAACCGCGGGGCCACCCCACCACGCGAGUUAACAUUAAGCAAAUUCAAAUUGAGCAGGAUACCGCCAAGACAAUCUACGUUGAUAACGUGUCCCAGGUGGACCUCAAUCGCACAAACACUGGUCUUAUUGAGCUGGUAACUGAGCCUGAUCUGCCUACGGCGGAGUCUGCUGGUGUGUUUGUGAAAAAACUUCAGACUUUGUUGAGACAUCUGGGGGUGUGCAAUGGUGAAAUGGAAACAGGAGCUAUGCGUGUCGAUGUCAACGUUAGCGUCGAUGAUGGAGAGCGUUGUGAGAUCAAGAACCUGUUCAGCACCAGUGCGGUGGUGGCAGCUAUCAAGGCUGAGUUCAACCGUCAAAUCAGAGACAUUGAAAGCGGCAAAGUGAUCUCAAGCGAAACUCGAGGAUGGGAUGGUAAAGAGACUUGGAAACUUCGUGGCAAAGAGGGAUCAAUAGACUACCGCUACAUGCCCGAUCCCGAACUUCCAGUCGUGAGACUCCCAGAUUCUAUAGUCGAAAAGAUUCGCAGGUCAAUGCCGGCUCUACCUGAUCAAGUUCUCGACGAACUUGUGGCUGCGCCUUAUAACGUUCCUUUGGUUGAUGCCAAAACGUUAAUGGAUCAUGGGAUGCGAUACGUCAAUUUCUACCGCGACUCACAUGCCUUAUUUACCAAAUCUGGCGGUAAGAAGACCAGUAUAGUGUCAAAUUGGCUCGUUCACCGCUGGCUCGGCCAAACUGAAACGCAGGUGUUCCCUUCUGUUCAAGUAUUCACGGACCUUUUGAUAGCCAUGGACAAGGGCGAGAUCACAUCGACUUCAGCCAAACUUAUCUUGAAGCAUUUGGUUGGAUUAGCAGAGUCCAAUGAGCUCACUCCAGACGUUACAAUCAAGAGCAUUAUUGAUGAGUUUGAUCUGGGGACUGCCGAAGCUGACGACCAGUUGGAUGCUGUGUGUGCUGGCGUUAUUGAAGAGAACCCUGACGCUGCCAACCGCUAUCGCUCUGGUAAGAGGAACGCCGUUUCUUUCCUUUUAGGUGCUACAAUGAAGGCCACACAAGGCACUUAUAGUCCGGCUCAAGUUAAAUCCGCUUUGGAACGACUUUUAAAGAAUUAA